UCUUAUCAAUGUGCGAUGGCAUUCACCGAGUAUAGAAGCAUCGCGCUUCUUCAUAGAAAACAUGUUCGCUUUGGUGCUGUUGCCUCUUUUGAGUGCAUUUCCUUUGUCCCUCGGGGCGGAAGAGUGCGUGGUCUCAGAUUUCGGUGACGUCGAAGCUGCCACGGAAAAGUGCUCUAGCAUAAUAUUCGAAAACCUUUACGUUCCUGCGGGAGUCACCUUGAAAUUGAAUCUGACAGACGGCGCUAAUGUCACGUUUAGAGGUAACACCACUUUCGGGUUUACGAAUUGGCUGGGGCCGCUGGUUACGAUCAACGGAACUGGUUUGACUAUGCAGGGAGAUGAAGGGUCGAUAUUCGACGGCCAGGGGCAACUUUAUUGGGACGGUUUGGGCGACAAGGGCACCCAGAAACCGCAGUUUUUUACAAUCCAGGCAUUUCAUUCGGUGUUUCGUAACUUUAAAGUGAUCAACACCCCGAUCGACUGCGUACAGGCGACGAAUGCGGUCAACCUAACAUUUACCGACUGGAUCAUCGAUAAUUUGGCGGGAGACCCGGACGUGGCGCCAAGUGGAAAAUUCGGCAAAAAUACCGACGGAUUUGACGUUUGGAACUCAACCGACGUUGUUAUUAAAAAUUCCGCCGUAUACAACCAGGACGAUUGCGUGGCAGUUAGGUGCGGGGCCAACAUAUAUGUCACCAACAUGUUCUGCCACGGCACUCACGGUUUGAGCAUUUCCGUGGGCUUUAGCAACACGUCCGUACCGCUGAAUACGUUGAGCAACGUCACUUUCACUGAUUCCGUGUUGGUGAAUUCGGAAAACGGGAUCCACAUCAAGACCCACUACCAGGGAGGCUACGGGUCCAUAACAAAUGUAACUUAUAGAAAUAUUUCCAUGUCCAGUAUAGAAAAGUUUGGUAUCGAGAUCCACGAGAAUUACCCGGACACAACCGCCGAACCCAGAAACAAUGUGCCCAUCGUAGAUCUCAAAAUGGUGAACGUUACCGGAAAUGUGUCCAGGGAUGCCGCGCCGGUGUUCAUCUUGUGCGCAGACGGGGGCUGCGCAGAUUGGCAGUGGGACGACGUAAAAAUAUCCGGCAGAAAGUCUGACAGCUGUAAUUUCCUACCCGAAGUUCGCAUGUUGGAGGACGAUAAAUCAUCAUUUUCCCAUCAAAAACACAUCUGUUUGGUUGCUGAAGUUGGACCUAGACCUUAAUUGUCGAAAUGUCAUAGCCAAGUACUGGGUGGGGUACAAGACAUACCUACAAAGAUAAGUCGGAUGGUAUGAAAAUUUCAGCUGAUGGAGGUAAGGUCAAGACAAAUGUCCUUGGUGGAACAGACACACGAAAAGGGCCAACUGCAUCAGAUCCAUAUGUAACGGCUUCAGCACAAUAGAACAAAAGAUCAGAAAGACGAAAAGCGCUCAGACACCACCAUCCGUUGAGAUCUAAACGAACUUUAGAAGAGCUCCUUGAUAAAAAUCAUUUAUUA